UUGUAAGUGAUCAAAAUUGUCAAAAUUUAAUUCGAGAUUGAUCAUGAAAGUUAUUGAUUUUCAAUUUUGUCUAUAUGUUUUUCUUUUGUAACUUCUUCUCUUCAGUUUAAUUUGAAUUUUCUCUUCGUUCAUUUUGAAAAUCCGCCAUGAAUACACUUGGUCUAAGUAUGCUUGUGAGAUUUGGUUGCCCAUGUUCGAAGGAGACCCUGUACGUCAAUGGUCAGAAGUAUUAUAUUUUGGAGAAAAUUGGUGAGGGAGGAUUCAGCACAGUUUCCUUGAUCGAGAAUGUCAACUCCAAGAAAAAGUAUGCUCUUAAGAAAAUUACGUGCCAUGGAAGGGAAGAUCAGAAGAGUGCUUUGCAAGAAGUAGAAUAUCAUAAGCAGUUCCAACACCCUAACAUUCUUACCUGUAUUGAUUACGAAAUUGUCAUGUCCUCAGAAAGUAUCCUCAACCAAAGCAGUGAGGUUUACAUUGUUCUUCCUUAUUUAAAGAGAGGCACCUUAGCUCACGAAUUAGAAUUAAGGAGUAUAGCAAGACAGCAUAUGCAGCCUUUAGAGAUUAUGAAAAUAUUCAUCCAAAUUUGUGAAGGUGUAAAGGUAUUCCAUGAUGCACAGCCUGAGCCACUUGCACACAGAGAUCUAAAAACAGCUAAUAUUUUAUUAAAUGAUGACAACACCCCUGUUAUUAUGGAUUUAGGUUCUAUGGCUCCAGCAACUGUUGAAGUAACAAAUAGCACUGACGCACAAAGGCUACAAGACAUUGCCAGUGAACGAUGCUCCAUGGCAUAUCGUGCUCCCGAACUUUUUAAUGUAGAAAGUAGUUGUCUAAUUGAUCAAAGGACAGAUAUUUGGUCUUUGGGGUGUUUGUUGUAUGCCAUGUGUUAUUUCAAAUCACCUUUCGAUAUUGUUUACGAAAGAGGCGAUUCAGUAGCACUAGCAGUCAUCAGUGGGUCUAUAUCCUUCCCAGAACCAGAGAUUUAUCCUAAGGAAAUGCACGAGUUGAUAUUAUUCAUGCUGCGCGUCAAUCCAAUGGAGAGGCCUUAUAUUUACUCUGUGAUAGAUAAAGCCAUUGAUCUUCUAGACAACUUUAAGAGCAACCCCAGAAUAGUUGAUGUUAACUCCUACAGUGACUCUGUCAUCACUUAAUCUUCUGCAAAAUUCUAUACAGGAAUAUUGACAGCCCUCACGGUUGUCUCAUGAGUGUCUUUGAGAGUUUUGAUGAAACUGAUAACUGAAAAUUAUUAGUCUGAAAAAGUUGCAUAGUGUUUUCAAGUACUGUGAAUUUUGAAUGUACUAACAUGCAGAGGGCUGUUCGAAAAGUGAGUAUUAAGGAAGCAAAGAGCCAACUUGAUGCUGCCUGCCAAUGAGAAAAUAUCAGAAAUAGCAGGGAAGAACAUUCUAUUGGACUGAGAAAUUUUUGAAGGACAUAGUAUCAACAAUUUAGCGCCACUAAUAGAGCUGUGUCCUGUGAAUAUAUUUAACCUGGAAAUAAAAACCGAUUUUAAGUUAAAUUUACAUCCUUGCCAGUUUUUUCAGAUAGUGUUAAACACCACUAUUAAUAAAAUAUGUAAACCUUGUUGAAUCCUUAGUACAAAGUCAAUGAUAAAAAGUAAAAAAAAUAAAAAAACGGAUUUGGCUCAAUAAACAGAAAUCAAUUUGUCAAUAUAGGGCAAAGUUUUUCAUUGCACAUUGGAAAAAUUUACUCACUGCUUAGUUACUAAGAAGUUUCCUCUUCUCUCAAAAAAGUUAUCCCUUUUCUUUAAAAUUUCAUCCAAAUUAAGAUUUCUGCCUUUUUUUUCAUACAUACAUAAUAUUCACUUCUACAAUGCGCCCUGGCGUUUUGCGACACCCAAACGUCACAUGUGCCUAUCUUCCCAGAGGUUAUCAGGCUACUGAAAAUGCAGCAUCUCUGCAUCAACGCCCUGCCGCCAUCCUUUCAUGGGAUGUCCCUGUCGCCUGCUCCCGGGUGAUACCCAAUCCAAAAUUUGUUUGGGCAACCUCUCCUCCGACAUUUUUUGCACAUGUCCAUACCAUACUGACUGCUUGGAUAUGACGUUGUGUAAGAUAAAUCAUUUUUAACCUUCAUCACCUGGCGAACUUUUUCAUUACGGACACGGUCCGGUCCCGAGAUGUUUGCAGAUCGCCGCCAAAAAUCCAUUUCAAUUGCCUUCAACAUAUCUUGAGUUCGUUUCGUCAAAACCCACACUUCACCGCCAUAGAGGAUGAUACUCUUGAUGGAGGCGUCAUAUAUCCGGUGCUUGUUUGUCUUUGAAAUGAUCUGAUCCCAGUGCACCCCAUUCAGCAUUGCGAUCGCUCCUCUCUCCAGGAUGAUCCUGACCUUAAUCGCCCUAUCCAUCCUUCUAGCCUGAUCUAGCCAAACACCGAGAUACUAACACUCGUCACACUCUUCAAUGCACGGUCUAUCCUUCAGCUCCAUGCUUUUUCCCAUCAUUUUUCAAUUAAUGAUGUGGGAAAAUAAAAUAUUACUAUGGUCAGCCACUCUCAGUGAAAAUAAUUUUUUCUCUGUUAUGGUUUGUUUUAAGUUUUAUUUCUUGCAGUCAUGAGCAGGGGCAAUUGAGCCUGAUUUUUUAAAUGAUCCUCUCACAAAGGUCGUAUCAAAAAUCUCAACCUAGUAUUUUUAUUGUUUUGGUAAAAUUGUGAGCAAAUACACAACACUCCUCUGUGUUUAUCAUUCAAUAAGACCGUUUGGUCUGGAUGCCUUAAACCAUUGAAAUCAAAGAAUUCGCCAUCACUGCAGAAUGAUCUCUUAAAAUUUUAGCAUCAUUUAGCGAUGGUAAUUAAUAUGUAAACUAGUUUGUAAGUCCGAAAGUAAAGUUUUAAUGAGAAUUCUAGGAUGGAAGUAAAAGUUUCCAGAAAAAACUUUCAUUCCUUUUAUGAUUUAUUUUACUGCAUCACAUGUAAAAUUGAGUUGAACCAUGUAGUUAAAUAGUAUGUUUGAAAAAAUUGAGGGAUAAGUUGUGUAAAGUAAAAUUCCCCUUCGAAUAAGCUAUGUUUACUUUGUGAAGAAUACUAAAGCCUGUUUUUAUGCCUCAAUUUUUAUUUUGACCGAGUUUAACAGAAUCACACUAAAGUCACAUAUUGGAAAAAAAUUAGACAGGAUUAUGUAUUUUGAAUUCAACUCAUUGAAAAUUCCAUGUCAAAAAUGCAAUGUCAAGAAAGAAUAUUUUAAUUGUGAAAAUACUAGUUAAACUUGGUCCAUAACAUUUUGUCUUACAGACAUCAACUUCAAACGUCCCUUUCUCAGUUUAAAUUUGAUGCAAUUUUGUGCGUUUCUGUUAAAUUUGGUCAAUUUAUGUCCAUGUAAUAUGUCAGUUUGUAAUAGGGUUUAUUCGAAAUUAUGAAAAUGUCACUUUACUCUUUCAUCUGUGAUACCCCUCAGCUGUCAACAUAGUAUACAAUGAUAAUUGUCAAACCUAUUUCUUACUGAAUUCCUAGCAUAUUUUUUAAUAUUAAUUUUCUCUGGUCUGUGUUUUAGUGUUCAAUUUCUCAGAAUCUGAAAAAUUCCCUGAGGCCUCUUAGUGCUUUCAAAAGCCGCCUACUAGAUCAUAUUUUAAAAAUCAAGAGAAAGCAUGCUUAUCUAGAGGUUAUUAUUUGCCAUAGCUGUAAAAAUGAAAAUAAAAAUCAGUCCAUUAGAUCCGGAACAAACCAUGACAAAGAAUGAAACUUUAUAUUGUCCGAUUUCAAAAAUUCACAAUUUUAUAUAGUAACAUUUGAAAAAUCCCAGGUCAUGUUUCAAAAAUUUAAAGAGAGCAGACUCAUUCCAACUCGUCUAGAGGUUACGUACAAUAGCGGCAAAAAUAAUGGAAAUUGGCUCUAUGGAUCCUAAGAUUGAACUGCAAAAAAAAAAAAAAAAAAAAAAAAAAAAAAAAAAAAAAAAAAAAAAAAAAAAAAUUAUAAAGACUGUGCGUAUGGAACACCAAUAAAUUCGGCGUUGCCUAAAUUUUGAUAUCAUUUGAUAUGAUGUUUCGCAUGAGUACGACCUACUGAGUAAGAUGAUUUUUUCACUUCAAACUUUCCUUUUGAACUUAGUUAUGUGAAAUAACAGAGACAAACUCAUGCCUUGCAACAAUCUUUUAACAUAUUAUUUAUGAAACUGUUCUCUGACCGUAAACCGUUUCUUGCAAUUUUUCUCAACAUCCCUGACUUUUUCCUUCGAUAUUCAUGCAUUUAAGAAGUAAUAUUGCGACUGGAAAUAGUAACUCCAUCAAUUUUUUUUUUAUGAAACUGUACAUGUGACUCUAUUUGACUUAUAUUAAGUUCUAGUUGCAUUUAUUGUGCAAAAACUGAUAUGCUAAUCAAUUUAAAGACAGUUAAAGAUGGUAGAAACCAAUUCAGAAGACAAAAAUUUUAUUUUUAUACAACCGUUUUCUUUCUUAUACCUUAUUUACUUGUUUCAAGAAUAUUUUUGUUGCUGUUAUUGUUGAUAUUUUUUAUUGGUGUUUAGAUUGAUAAGUUCAAUAACAUAUCUUUCAUUUUGUAUUUUACUAAUUCUAGAAUACAUUGAUUGCAAACUGCC